UGACAAGACUACAACCAGCUGGGUAAACAUGGCGUCUCUCUCUGGAUACGAGCAUUAGUCCGAGCGCUUUCGUCUGUCAUCGUUGUUUUUGUCGUCCUGCAUAUCAGCCCAGAACAUAGAAACGUGAUGGACACGACGUACGGAGACAUGAGAAGGAGGAGGAGUCGAGAAGCUGCGUGAUAUUUUCUCUCUGUACAACAUGAAUGGUCUGUUGCCUCCACGGACCCAGUGACUGGCGCAAGAUAAUUGCUUUUGUUAGCAAAGAGUCAGACUUGUAUUUCCACUGAGGUGUUUUAUUUAAUAUUUUAUUUAAUUUGAUCAAAACCCAUGUGGUGGGGACUGGCUCCUGCAGGGGCACAGCUGGUUUUUGGGCCCACUCUGUUCUGAGGCCCCCUUUUAAAUUAUAGAGCAGUUGUAUUUUUCUGUUUUUCCUCUCCCUCUCUGGGCUCCACAGUCCUUUAACCUCACUAACUAAGGCACUGCCUGGACAGUGUGAGAGCAGAAUGGUCAUUCUGACAGUACUUUACAGUUUAUGACCGUGAAUGGUGCUGCACUGUGUGUUUCUUAUGCCUUGGUUGACGACAACACUAUGAUAGGCUCGCCUGACGUGGUGGCUUUCACUAAAGAGGAUGAGUAUAGCCAGACAAAUUCUGACUCGUUGGCGCUCCCCGAGGAGUUCUCCAUCCCUCUCCAUCCACUGGCUGACUCCAACCCCUGGGCCAAAACCUCCUAUGCCAAGUUCACCAAAGACUUCAUCCUCAUCUCUGAGUUCUCUGAGCAGGUGGGCCCUCAGCCUCUCCUCACCAUCCCUGAUAACCCCAAAGUCUGUGGCACCUUCGACCUCAACUACUUCUCCCUGCGCAUCAUGUCGGUGGACUACCAGGCCUCCUUUGUGGGGCAUCCACCUGGCAGUGGAUACCCGAGGCUCAGCUUUGUGGAGGACUCGAGGGUGGUGCUGGGUGACUCAAAGGAGGGGGCGUUCGCCUAUGUCCAUCACCUUACACUUUACGACCUGGAGGCGAGGGGCUUUGUGCGACCAUUCUGCAUGGCCUAUGUCUCAGCAGAUGAGAAGAAAAUCAUGCUGCAGUUUCAGGAGCUGUCCCUCCGCUUCUCGCAGGCCUCUGAGUGUCUGAAGGCUGGGAACAGGAGGGCUUUUGCCAAGGAGCUCCAGAGGAAGCUUCAGGAUUUGGAGUACACUCACUCUGUGCUGCAGAGGGAGGAGGGCCGGCAGAGAGAGGCGGGGCUUCAGCGCAUGUACUCUGCUUAUGCUGUAGAGAAGGCCAAUGAGCUUGCAAAUGUGGAAAAGAGCAUUUAUGAACACAGAGACCUGCUGAGACAGAUCAGCUCCUACCAUCACCGUCCACGCCGGGAUCCUCAUGCUGCCACUUGCCAGAAAUGCAUGACCGAGUGCUUGAGCGAGUGUGAGGAGCUGUUGGAGAGAUACGCCAAGCUUGCCACCCCCUUCAGUUACACUGAACAAGGGGGGAAAGGAGAGGGAGGGCAGGGUAAGAUUGAUGAUGAAGGAGGUGAUGAAAUGGAGGAGGAGGAAGAUGAGGGCACUAAACGCAGGGUGUCCUACACGCCACAGCUGAUCAAAGCUAAGUCUGCCAAGUGCUUUGACAAGCGCCUGAAGAGCCUCCAGGAGCUGUGUGACGAGACCUUCUACGAGGCCACUGUGGAGCUCCUGAAGGAGACGGAGAGGAGUUUCCGAGGUGACCGGUGUUAUCUGCACACACGACGUCUAGACAGGGCUCUGCGCAGGAAGAUGAAAGUUACCAACUUCCUGUUUGAGGAGGACCUAGGUGAUGAGGAGGAAGAAGGGGGACCACUGAGACCAUUCUGUGCUGUGAACCAUGCUGCAGACAACUAUACACGCUUAAAUCCGCCUCCUAUUGUCCUAGGACCAGAACCUCUAGAGCUAGAGGCGCUAGAGCCUCCAGAUCCUCUAGACCCAGCCUCUAUUCAUGAGAGUGAGCUUGGGCUUGGGGAGCACCACCUGGAGUCCUCCCCCUCAGACCAGACUCUGGGGACCCAGGAGAGCUCAGAGGAGACCAAAGGAAGCUUUAGCAGCGAUAAGAGCGAGAUGGCUCAGGCACAGAUGCAGCAGUGUGUGACUGGUUUGAAGUCAGAUUCUGACCUGACCUCUGACCAUAACACUGACCUGGAGAGGGAGAGCAGCAGUGAAGAGCUGGAGACCACUGGAGGGGAGGAUGACGGUGACAACGGGGGAGACCAGACACCUGUGUCUUUGCUGGAGGUGGUGUCUGAGCUGGAGGCCAGCAGGGAGGAUGAUUGUGAAGGAGUAACUGACGGGGCUUGUGAGAUGGAUUCUGACUUGCUGGUUCCAAUAGACACAGCAUGCUGUAUGUCCCAGGAGGGUUUCUUUUAUGAGGCUUCUUCCCCAGAGGCAGUGCCCAAUCUGGGACAAAGCUCUCAGCCAGGACCCUUUCAAACCCUGGUGGUCAACCAGGAGCCCCAUGCCCUUCUUCCAAUCCAGGAUGACUAUGCUGUGGGUUCUCCAUGCUCAGAGAGCCCUGCAACUGGGCUGGUGCUGCCUGUGGGGCUGCUGGGGGAUGCAGUCUCCUGUAUAUCAGUGGAGGAUGGGUCAGAUUGCACCAUCAGUGCCUCUACAGGAUCUGAUCGGGCUGCAUCACCUCUCGGCUACGGGGGGGUGGUGACCCUCCGUCAUAGGAAGAAGGCUGGACAAGGAGCCCUGAAGUUUGUGAGACAAUACCCAUUUGCCAUGCAAGCUCUGUGGUGCCUGCUGAGCGGCAGAACUCUAGUGGUGCUCGGGGUUGAUGAGGGGAGAGUCCGCCGACUGGUUGCUGCCCUGGCCCUCUUUGUGCCAGGUCCUGGCAGGUGUGGAGAGAGGGUUCAAACCUGGCUGUCCUGCCCUGUCACCCUUGCUGACCUGCAGAGGUGGAAACUCAUUGGAUUGCAAAGAGUGACGUCCCCUCUGGGUGCCAGCAUGCUUUACUCCCUAUCCCGCUACAGUCGCUACAUCUCCAUCCUGGAUGUCGACCAGAGGACCCUACGAUGCCAGCCGUAUCGUGGCCAGCUACUUGCCAACGUCGCUGACCACCGCACCUACAUUCGCCGUGGUUCCACCUAUUUCCUUCACAUUCAGGGCACGCUCUGUCGCCUGGCAGCCAGGGCCUUCCUGUUUACCUUCACCCACCACCUCCACCUACCGGUCAGCUCUUCAGAGGGGCCCGAGGCCGUGGAGGGCCGACGCCGCUGCUUCCUGCAGGAGCAGCUGGGGCUGGGUGAGGAUGACAGCCAGAUACUGCUCUACCUCAGCCAGCUCAUCACUCAGCAGUACCUGCAGCCCACAGCCAGGAGCAGUGCAGCAGCACCUUGUUUUAGUUUUAACUUCACCACCAGCAUUUUAUACAAAAUCUAACACUCUGCUGGGAGGAGGAUUCCUGCACAAAACUAAUUUCUGACCCUUUGGUUUGUCAGGGACCACAGGAGAACUUCUUAAGGUCUAAAAUACUUUUAGUUUCAGGACUAUCUCUGCACUGGUUAUUGUUUUAUCUCUAUAAUCUCUCUUUGCCUUGCUGUCUGUACGCCUGCUCCUGCUCUUUACUCUGUCUAUGGGGGAAUAGGACACAGCGAGUUGUGAAUGUCAGUGGGUGGUGUGUGUGCAUGUUGACACUCACAAAUAUACACAUAACAGAGCAGACAAAGGUCAGCUCCGCUCACUGUCCUUUGAGCCAUUUGUGUGUUUUUUCGCCCCCACAGAAAAAGAAUUGUAGCCUGUGCUGGCUUUGUUUGAGGUCAGCCCCCCACCCAGCACGCACUCACAACACAGACGCAUCUUACAAAGCUCGUUCACCGUGUCUGUUUGUGCGUCGUCAGUGCUGCUCCGACCUCAGCCGCUCACUAACAGGUUAAAUCACAGCUCUGUGUUAACACCAGUCACUGAGCAGUUUGUCAGCUAUGAUAUCAUCUCAGCAAUCUGUCCAUGAAACCUUAUUAGCACCACACAGGCUCGUCACAGCUGGUCUUGUAACACGCCUCGUUCUCUGAAAACCAUCACAUAGCUCCCAAAGGCCAAAACCUUCCUGAAAGGUGUUUAUGUUUUAGUGUUUGCACUUUCAGGUUCCUCUUUUAUGAAUGAAUUUUAACUCACAUUCCUGCAGUAAUGAAUGAAUGUUUGUUUUGAUCCAAAUCACAAUGUUGGAUUUUAGCUGAGUCUAUUUGGCUUCUGAG